AAUGAAGUAGCAGUUAGUCAAGCAAUGCAACUUUCGACGUUGAGCCGGGGGUCUCUUUGGAAACAGCCUCUCUACUUUCGAGUAGGGGCAAGGUCUGCGUACACACACCCUCCCCAGACCCUACUCUUGUGGGAUUUAACUGGGUUGUUGUUGUUAGUACUGAGUUAAACUGAAGUGAAAUCACAGAUGAGAGUGGAUCGAGUAGUUCCCCUUUGAUCGAUCACUUUGAAGAUGAUGAAGAUACGCCCGUGGAAGGGCAGGUGGACUGUUCCAUGAGGAACAGUCGGCUGGAGGAAGGUGGGGAAGCAGACAGGCUACAGACGGUCGACCUGAUGGACCGUUUGGAUGUCCAUGGUCAACCGUCUGAGAGGCAGAAAGAUGGGUUCCAAGGAGAUGAACAAACGGUCGACAUGGUGGACCGUCCUGAUAUCCACGGUCGACCGUCCGAGAGACAGAAUGACGGUUCUUUGGGAGAUGAUCAAACGGUCGACCGUGAUGUGGAGGACGGUCGACCGUCUCCGAGGGAGAAAGUCAGUGAUCCGGAACAGCUACAGACGGUCGACCCUGUGGACCGUUCCACGGACGGCGGUCGACCAUCCUCUUCCCAGCUGGCGGUGGAGAACUUGGGACGUGGUCAGCGUGAGAAACAUCCAAAUGUGUGCCUCGCCGAUUAUGUUACCCAUGUAGCUGGUUCAUACGUUGGUGAAAAAUACAAAUAUCCACUUUCCUCCCUCGCCGCCUCUGCCCAAACAUCAUCUUCUUCGACCGGAAAAGGAACAGAGCAAAGCUUCCGGAUCUUCUUCUCCAAUUUUCUAUCCCAAAAUCCAGGUAUUCCUCCAAUUGAUCUGAAGAAUGACAAUAUAUUCUGUUUGAUCUAGAUUAUGAUUUGUUUGGGAUUGAAAAGUGUUAUGUGGAUUUCUUUACUUGACCCUUUUAAGGGAAAGAAUUUAAUUUCAAUCAUCUUAUAAAUAGAUUUGUAAAUA